UAAUUGCAGUACAAAACCCGGCUCCGCUGCAGGCACACGUUCGCACUCACAGACAUCGAGGUCAUGACCAAUGCCUUGCGUGUAGUCACCGAAUAUUUCUAUUUCUUACGAAACUAUCGUGACGUAAGCGGCAUGGUUACCUCAUAACAUCUACCUAUUAUUAGAUAGCUACGUAAGCGAGCUUCCAUUUACGCCCUAGUAACCAACAAACUGUGCGGCAACUCGAACGCGUCCGCAUUCAAAAUGACAAAACAGACAAUUUUCGUUUUCUAUUUCAUCGCGACAAUAUUUGCUACGGACUGUUACAAAAUACUCGGCAUCUUCCCGUCGCUGGAUCGCAACAACUACCUCACUUACCGCGGGCUGUUUCGGGAAUUGGCAAACCGUGACCAUGAAGUGACUCUCAUCAGCCAUUUCCAAAUGCCGGACGCGCCGGCUACGUACAAAGAAGUAUUGUUAAGUGACGCUUUACAUCAUGUGUUUAAAGGACUAUCUUAUGAAUCUGUGAUAGUGAACGAAGUGUCGCGAGUGCCGUUCGAGACGUUAGUGGCAACUAAAUCAGGCAACGAUGACUGCAAGACUCUAAUGAACAACCACGAAGUGUUGCACAUGAUAAGGACACGGCCUCGCUUCGAUGUAAUACUAGUAGAGUCGUACAACAGUGACUGCGCCCUGGCUCUGGCCGCAAACCUUAGUGCGCCUUACAUUGCCUUCAACCCGCAACCACUACAAGCCUGGCAGUACAACAGAUUGGGUAUAAGUUACAAUUCUGCGUAUGUAACUCAAUCUGGCCUGCCUUAUGGAAAGGAACCUUGGUAUUUCGAGCGGCUCAAGAGCUACAUACUGUAUCACAUUACGAACUGGGUGUAUUACGUUGGAUCGCAAGUGACGGACCAUGUGUACUUGUACAAGUAUCUAGGUGACGACCUGCCCUCACUAGAAAGUAUUGCGUCGAACGCGAGCCUAGUGUUUGUAAACACACAUCAGUCGGUGUACGGCGGUGUUGCCAGGCCUGAUAAUGUAAUUGAUAUUGGUGGUAUUCAUAUGAGACCACCCAAAAUUAUUCCGACGGAAAUAGAGAGAUUUAUAAACGAGGCUGAGCACGGUGUAAUAUACGUGAACCUCGGUUCUACGGUAAAGGACUCCACACUUCCCGGUGAUAAAUUAAACGAACUGUUAUCAACGUUCGGUAAAUUGCCUCUAAGGGUCCUUUGGAAAUGGGAUGGAGACAAUCUGCAACUGCCGAGAAACGUUAUGACUAUGAGAUGGUUCCCACAAUACGAUAUUUUGAAACAUGACAACAUCAAAGCGUUCGUGUCCCACGCGGGAAUCCUGAGCACCAUAGAAGCCAUUGAUGCAGGAAUACCAGUGGUAGCCAUACCACUAUUCGGAGACCAGUACGGCAAUGCCGCAGCCCUACAAGACGCCGGCAUGGCCACCAUCGUGCACUACCAAGAUCUCAAGAAAGAAUACCUCUUAGAUGCUAUUAAUGAAGUUUUGGACCCAGUAUGGCAGCGCCGUGCUAAACUCGUAUCAAGGUUAUGGCAUGAUCGGCCCAUGUCACCUAUGGAGUCAGCAGUGUACUGGACGGAGUAUGUAGCGAGGUACCAAGGAGCCCCGAAUCUCCAACCUGGAGCCCCCAAAGCACCCUUCUACCAGCAACUUCAGCUAGAUGUCCUGGCCUUCAUAGGAUUAGUCCUGUACAUCCUAAGCUAUGUAGUCUGCAAGAUUUUGUCUGUAAUCUGCUGCUGUUGUUGCCAAAAGCAACCCCAAGCUGAGUUCGUUGAAGAAACAAGGUCCUCAAAAAGAGUGAAGUUCGAAUAAAAAUUAAUACUCCUAGUUUUAAAUUGACUUAAUUGGACAGUGUGAAUAUGUUGUAAUUUGUAUGUUAAAGUACAAUUUUUGGAUUUUAUGGAUGGUUUUUUAUGAUUACAUUUUCAUUAUUUAUUUUUCUGUUAAUAAAAAAAGUAAUGUGAAA